UAUUCAAAUUAAUUCAAGAAAAAAAAAUAGACCGCGUCGCUUGACUUUCGAAAUAGUAACGUCGGUAUUCCAUUCCACACGCCUUUCGCCCUUCCCUAUCAUGCUCUAUCCACUUCUCUCUCUAUAUAUACGCUCCUCCUCGUCUCCUUCUCUACUCAUAACAGUUCAAUUCGAAUUAUAAAAAAAAGAAGAAAAAAAGAAAACCAAAAAGUUUCGAAAAUAGCACAGAGAGAUUAUACAAAAAUGGUUGAUAUGGAUUGGAAGAGGAAGAUGCUGUCAUCGGAGCUUUCUUCCAAGCUCCACGUCACUAUUCCGUCUCCGUUCAAGGUCCCCGUAUCCUCUCCCAUCUCCUGCUCCGCUCCCGCAGCUUGCUCCGCCUACGAGCUUUACCUCCGCCUCCCUGAGCUGAAAAAGCUCUGGUCGUCUCGUGAGUUUCCUCAGUGGAACGAUGAGCCGAUUCUCAAACCGGCUCUCCAAGCCUUAGAGAUAACUUUCAGAUUAGUCUCAUCCGUUUGCUCCGAUGCAAGACCGUACACAAACCACCGCGAAUGGAACCGACGGUUAGAUUCUCUCGUCACGAAUCAGAUCCAGCUCAUAGCAGUGAUCUGCGAAGUAGAGGAUGAAGAAGAAGACGAACGAUCAGCUCCACUCGGCGAUAAACGGAGCUCGCUCAGCUUGCUACCUCACCUAGCCACGUGGCGCAAAUCGGAAGCGUUAGGGAGGAAGAUCUUGUGCACGAUCGAUAACGAGAUGCGUCGGUGCAAGUACACGCUAGGACUCGGAGAACAAAACGUCUCUAACAAACCGAAUCUCCGAUACGACGCCGUUUGCAAGCCUAACGAAGUUUACAGCCUCAAGGACAAUCCGUACGCGGAUCACAUCGAUAACGAAGAGAAUCAGACUCUCUACGUCCUCCACCAGAUCCUCGAGUCGUGGAUCCACGCUUCUGGAAACCUCUUGAGACGAAUCAACACGAGGAUCGAGGAAGGGAGAUUCGGAGAAGCGGCGAGCGAUGUGUACUUGGUGGAGAGGAUCUGGAAGCUCAUGGCGGAGAUCGAAGAUCUCCACGUCCUGAUGGAUCCUGAGGAUUUUCUGAAGCUGAAGCAACAGUUACAGAUCAAAUCCAACGGUCAAAACGAUGCGUUUUGUUUUCGGUCUAGAGGACUAGUGGAGAUGAUGAAGAUGACGAAGGAUCUGAGGGAGAAGGUGCCGGCGGUGCUGGGUGUUGAGGUGGAUCCCACGGGGGGUCCGAGGCUGCAGGAGGCGGUGAUGAGAUUGUACGCUACGAAGGGAGAUUGCGAUAAGAUUCAUCUGCUUCAAGGGAUGCAAGCGGUUGAGGCGGCGGCGAAGAGGUUCUUCUUUGCGUAUAAGCAGUUGGUGGCGGUGGUGAUGGGAAGCGCGGAGACGAGUCAAGAGUCGUGUGACUCGCUGAGUCAGAUAUUUAUGGAGCCGACGUAUUUCCCGAGUCUUGACGCGGCGAAGACGUUUCUGGGAGAGUUCUGGAGUCACUUGGGAUGAAAGUAACGGUUGUUGUUUUAUAUAUAAUUUAAUUUUGUGUGAUUAGACAUUGUAAGUUGCUGAAAAUUUUGGAACAUUUGAAUACAAUUCAUUUUAUA